AUGGGUCCGCCUGAGUUGGGUCCAGCACGAGGCCGCCAUAUUCUUGGUCAUGGGUUUUCUACUGAUUCAGAAGAUAAUGUGGAGGAUGAGGCAUAUAAACCUCCUCCACCUAUGUAUGAUACAGAAACAGAAAGUGAAGAGGAGUGCAAGGGGAAGGGUAAAGCUGCUGGAAAAAAAAAGAAAAAGAGAACGAAAAAAAAGAAGGUUGAAGAUGUGGCAAGGGAAGAUACAAUGGAAGAGGAGGAGAAGUCAAUGUCUUUCGAGGAGGGUGGGUAUGGGUAUAACUCUGAAGAGUUGAACACACCUCCUUCAAGUGGUGCUGAAGAGGAUGAAAAGGUUGUCAAUCCAAAAUUUAAUGUGCAUGAGGAGUUUGGUCAUGUGCACUUAGAGGUAGGAAUGGAGUUUGCGAGUCUUCAAUUAUUUAAAAAUGCUGUCAAAGACUACAGUAUUGAUCUAGGAAGACAAUUCAAGUGGCUGAAGAAUGACAAAGUAAGGGCCCGAGCAAAGUGUAGUAAUGAUGAAUGUGAUUGGACAAUUUACUGUUCGUGGAACAACAAAAUGAAAGCUUUCCAAAUCAAGACUUUUAAUAACAUACACACUUGCUGCAGACUUUUUAGAAACAAGAGGGCAAGUAGGGAUUGGGUUGCGAAAAAGUUAGAAAAAAGGCUAAUGACACAACCGAACAUGACAAGGGCUGAGGCCUACGACCACAUGAAAGAGGAGUACAAAGUUCAUGUCCAUUUGAAGAAAGUGACCAAAGCACUUCAGAAAGCCAAAGCCAAAAUAGAAGGGUGUGAAAAAGAACAGUACGCAAAAUUGAGAGACUACUUAGGUGAGCUAUUGAGAAGCAAUCCAGGGUCUACAUGUCAAAUGCAAGUGAUCCCACAACCUGAUCCGAACUCCUCUCCCAUAUUUUCUAAGUUGUACAUUUGUCUGGAUGCAUGCAAGAAAGGGUUCAAAGCUGGCUGCAGGCCCUUAAUUGGUUUGGAUGGAUGUUUCUUGAAAGGAUAUUAUGGAGGUCAAUUGUUAAGUGCAGUUGGUGAGGAUGCCAACAAAAGUUUCUAUGUCAUUGCAUAUGCAAUUGUUGAUAGUGAAACAAAAGAGAACUGGAAGUGGUUUUUAACCCUAUUACAGGAAGACAUUGGCCCUCACGCAGUGUUUGGAUGGAAUUUUAUUUCUGACCAACAGAAGGGACCAAUUAGUCCCCCGUGCAAUUUUCCAGGGACCAUAACGACCCUCGAUGGGGCUGAUUCCAGCACUACAAGAGGUGAUGCCUGGUGCAUAUCAUCGUUUUUGUGUGCAGCACGUUGGAAGAAUUUCAUAAAGCAAUGGAAAAACAAGGCAAUUCGAGCCAUAGUUUGGGAGUGUUCAAGAUGCACCACUGUCCCCCAGUUCCAGCAAUGCAUGGCACGGUUGAAAGUAAAGAAUGAGGCUGCAUGGAAGUACUUGGAUGGCAUCCAGCCCUCAAGUUGGGUGAAAGCUUAUUUCAGCCACUGGUCUAAAUGUGAUAAUAUCACAAACAACAUGGCAGAGGUAUGGAAUGCCAAGAUCGUUGGAUAUAGGUCAAAACCGAUUAUCACUCUAUUGGAGGAACUGAGAUGCUACAUUACGAGGAGGAUGACUGCACAUCAGAGGGUGUUAUGA